ACACCCCCUCAUGUACUAAUGUCAAGAGGUGAACUUUAACCACACACAAAGCAAUGGACUUUUAUGUAGCUCAUCUCUACAGGUUUUUGACUGAAGACUAGUAAGUUGGAAACUAUUCAUCAAUUUUUGCUUGCAUUCAUUUCUGUUGAUGAUCCACUAUAAAGGGUGUAGCUGUGCAGGAUUUGUUACUUUAUCACCAACUUCUUGUUAUUAUCCCUAAGAUUCAUUAAGAUUGCUUACCACUUUCAUAGUAGUAAGCAUGUCUUAUCUACUUUCUAAAUAGUUGUGAGAGAGGCAUGUAGAUCUCACAUAUAUAUUUGUCUCAGUCAACAUGAGAUAAUUAGGCAGGGGACAUGAAGUAUGCUGGUUGCCAUUCAUGAUCAGCGGUAGAUUAUGGAGUCCUUAGAAACCGAGCCUUGAUUGUGUUCGAAUAUCUUUUGUUAUAGUUUGCUACCAUUUGUUGGGCAACUUUUAUGCAGGACUGAUUGUUUGUUUAACUUUUCUAUUAUAUUUCUAGAAUGCAUGACAGAGAAAAGCUAACGGGAUGAAAAAAGCUUCUUGGAUUCAUAAAAUUUGCUGGCAAAGCUCUCUGAUUUCUUUGAAGAAUUACAUGUAACGGGAAGAGCAAAGAACUGGAACUACGGUUUACUGCUCUGCUGCUGGCAGAUUUGGAUUAGGAAAGAGAAAAUAUUCAUAAGGGCCUUGAAUGAAUAGGAUUAUACAUGUAGAUCAAAUUGUGGACGAAUUAAUUAUACAGAUUUACUUAUAAGAGAUUCUUUGUAGGGGGUUUUAUUUUGGUCUGUUCCGUUCAAUGUAUUUACUUUACCACGUAUCGUUUUCUGCUUCCUUUGUCAUUACAUUUUCUCAUUCUUCUUAAAUGUUCAGCUGGAAUUAAUCUAAGAUGCUUCCUUACGCCCGCAUGUAUCUGGGCCGGGUCGGGUCGGGUCUUCUUUUGGGGCAAGAAAGAGUGGGAAAAGUUUUGAACAUCUGUUUCCAAGGAAAGUCACCGACUUUAUUUUGUUUCCACAAACGUUCUCCAUCUUUAAUACACAUAGAACUCCUGGCUAAGUUAAAAUUCCUAAUCAUACUGUGACACCCCAAAAAAAAAGAAAAAAAAGCAAAAGAAAAAAAAGAAAAAAAUCCUAAUCGUACAAGGACUCCAAAUCCUAUACAAACAGAGAACCUUUCGAGCAUUCAUUAUAUUUAUAGGAGCUCUCUCUGUCUUCACUGUAAUUCCUGUUUCUUGCUCUGCAAUGGGGACUUCAUGUUACGCUGGUUCUUCUAUUGAAGAAGAAGUAGAAAAAAGCCUUUGCCUUUCUUUGGGUAAGGUUCGGGUAAAGACGGACAAGUUUGAGAAUGAGAAACCUGGUUUCUCUGUGCAUAAUGGUAACAAUACUUGUUUGGGUUCGUCUUCUAAUGCCUCUCCAAGCAAAACCCAACAAGCACAGCCUGAUGUUUAUCCCAAAUACGAAAGCGGAUUUGAAAAUUCGCCUAGAGUUCCAGUGCCAUUGUAUCCACAAAGUAUCUGGAGAGAUCAUAUUUUGAACGGUGGAGGACACAUUCUGGGUUCAAACAACCUGAAUGGGCAUGCCAAUGCUUAUCAACCAAAGAACCCUCUUGGUAACCUGACAGAAGAAACUACAAAAUCAAGAUUAAGUCGUGGAGCAACAUCUCCAUCUUUCUGCAACUGGGCAAACCAGCUCAACCCUUGUCUUAAUAAUUGGUACCAAAGUUCAGGAGAACAAUAUUACAGAAGCAAUGAAAGGAUUGGAAUGUAUUCAAAUGGUGAUCGGUACCCAAGUUCUGGAAUAUCUAGUUAUAUGGGGACUCAGUCAAGCUUUAACAAUGAUGGAUGCUAUGGUGAUCAGAUAUUUAAGCUGCGGUCUUAUGCCGAUAUAGCUCGACUCGCUAUGACGCAACCCGGAUCACAGAGCUUAAUAAAUAUCAUGGUGGCUUCUAAGGACCCAUUCGCUAAGGAUAUGAUUUUUACUGGGGUUUUCGGUUCCAUAUUCGAGGUGAUGAAUGACUCACAUGGAUACUAUGUUUUUGGGAAGCUUAUUGAAUCAUGCAAUUACGGUCAGUUAAGACACAUUGUAGCACUGAUGACUUUGAAUACUGAAUCACUCGUCAGCAUAUCAACCAGAAAAUUUGGAUCAAAAUCAAUUCAGAGGCUUGUCAAGGUGCUUGAGAAAUCACCCUUGAUUUACACCUUGACAUUAGCUCUAUCCAGUGUAUUGGGGCAACUGAUGACCAACCGAACAGGGUCGUUUGUUAUAUUGAAGUGCUUAAACCUCCUUGACACACAGAAAAAUGAGAAAAUAUACGAAACUGCUGAAAGGCUUUGCAUCACUCUGGCCCAGAAUGAAAAGGGAUGCAUAUACUUGAAUGAGUUCAUCACCUACAGUAAAACUCCAUACAGAGAGAGACUCAUGAAUGAAAUCUCAAGCAAAUCAAAACUCCUUUCUCAGGAUCCUUCAGGGAACUUUGUUGUCCAGCACGUCCUGGGACUCCAUAACCCUGUCUUCUCUGCAAAGAUAUGCUUUGAGCUGAGGGAUCUGUACAUAAAGCUCUCUUCACAAAGAGGUGGGAGUCAUGUUGUAGAGAAAUGCUUGAACUCUUCUGAGACAGAUUAUGUAGUAAAUGCUUUUCUCAAGUAUGAAAAACUGUCGCAAAUUGCGCGGGAUCAAUUUGGAAACUACGUGAUCCAAACAGCAUUGAAGGCCACAAAGCGUGCAAAUAGUCCCCUUUAUCAAAUGCUUUUAGCAAAGCUCGAACAAAAUCGGAAUGAACUCAUGAGUGGAUUUGGAAGGAAAGUGCUGAGUUUCAUUGACAGUGGCGUCCCCCUAGAGUAACUAUGAUUGAUUGAUUGAUCUCAUCAGAAGGAGCUCAAUUUCAAAGAAACUGUUAGUGUUAGUGUUACGUUGUUGUUGUGCAUUUUUGAUUGUUGUCUUUUAAAAUCCUCAGGAGUCAAAGGUUAGGGCCACCCACCCUUAUUGUUUCAACUCAUCCAACUAGAAGAGUAGUUGAUGAGUGCUUUAGUAUAAUUUGUAGGAAAAAUGUUUGUUUGUUUCUUCUGGUAUUGUAAUGUAUACGUCUGGUGUGAUUCAAAUGCGCUAUGGCUGUUUCUGUAAUCACAGUAAAUUAU